AUGGCGCCCCCAGUAGCCCCGGCAGCGGGCGCGACAAACGCAGACGAGCGCGACCAGUCAGCGCUCGAGCAGCGCAUUGGACAAUCGACAAGCGUCAUCAUGCCUCUCCUCGAACUGGGCGCAAUAGGAUAUGUGACUUGGGUCAUUGUGUACAAGAUUUGUGUCCAGUACUUGAUCGACCCUCCCGCCGAUAUGCGCCAGGACUACAACGUCCAGCCACGACGCGCCACCGGCAUCGCUCUCAUUGUCGUAUACGCUGUACUACUCCUUCUACUACUCCUACCAUGGUUGCGCCUUCUCCAGGUCAUAUGGUCAAAGCCGGACCUAGUCCCCCUGGGAGACACUUCACUGGAGAAGAAAGAGAUUACAACAAGUUGGAUGGAGGAGUACGAUGCAUACAUUUGUGAUUACGAGGGCAUGCCGUUGUGGUGCGACAAGUGCCACAACUGGAAGCCGGAUAGAACGCAUCACUGCAAAGAAUUGGGCCGUUGCGUAAGGAAGAUGGAUCAUUAUUGCCCAUGGGCUGGCGGUAUCAUUUCAGAAACAACUCACAAGUUCUUCAUGCUCUUUGUCGGUUAUGGGUCAUUAUACACAGCAUUUGUGUGGACCGUGGCGGCCGCUUUCCUGGCUGACCGAGUAUCAAAGACCGGCUCGCGCCCAAGCACUUGGAUCGGGGUUCUCGCCGUUGGACUCUUAUUCUGCCUCUUCACGUUCACCAUGACCUGCAUGACUGGCUGGAAUCUUUGCAUCAACUACACUUCGGUGGAAGGUGUCCAGCGAGGUGGCAUCCAGAACAUCGCUCUCUUGGUCUCCAACACGUCAGAAAGGACCAGCCUUCCGUCAACACCAUCUGCACAAGAGAAGCCAAUAAGUCACGAUGACUGGCCGGUACUGACCACCAUCCAGCGUGGCCCGGGACGGACAUACGUGGUCAUGCAGACCAAGCCACAUCAGCAUCCCUGGUAUACGAGCCUCAUGAUGGGUUGGAAAGACGUGAUGGGCGACAACAUCUUAGACUGGUUGACGCCGUUCAAGCAUAGCCCGUACAAGCGUAAAAGCCAUAGAGGCGAGUUCGAAUGGGGCGAGCUGGUCUACGACAUGGCAAGGCAGUACGAGGCACACAACCCAGGGGUGAAGCUAGCGCUUUUGAGUUGA